AUGUAGGAACGCACGGCCAUUUGCACCUUUGCUCCGGUCUAAAAUAUAUAAUACUUUAUUGCUCCGUCGAGCACCAGCAGCAUCAGCAGUUGCUUUUUACCUUUCUGGGCCUUUGUCUCAUUUUGUUGCUUGUCAUUAAUUCGCGUCUGCCUUUGCGCAUAUCCGUGUGAGCAGAGAUAUAAUUUCAAAUUGCCAUUAUUAUUGGUCGCUUGAGCUUCGAUUAUCAUUCCUGCAUCAUUGCUGCACCCCCAGGCACAGGUCCGCGCCGCGCCAUUCACUUUAUUGGGCAACACACAAACACGCUUUGGUUUUUAUCCACCGAAAGGCCAUAUACGCACACAGACACAAUAGCCGUAUUUUGACGCAUUGCCGCACACACAGUUGAUCAUGAUGUCCCUCAACAGCGCAGAGCUCGAACAAUACAGCACGGGCGCUCCAGACGCUGUCAAAACGCAAUUUUCACCAGCCGCCGCGACAAAUAAACUGCUCCCAACGAUUGCAGAGGAUCAUCUGACUGGGAUUUCGGAAGCAGACGUGUGUAUCUCCAUGCAGACAGCGCAGGGCACUUCUCAAACACUUCAAGCUUCGACACAUGCAGCGAGCACUCCAAACAUUGCCCUUUUGCUCGCCCCAGUAGAAGAGGUCUCUGGCGCUGAUCUCGCUCGCAAUGUUCAUCUGACUUCUGCCAACAGCUUUUCCACCAGCAUGUCUUCUGUCGGCGCGGAGAACCUUAUUAACGAGCAGUCCGCCGCAACAAUACAACUUCCCGUCAACAAUGUCUCUCAACAGAAAUACCAGCACACACAACAACAGCAACAACAACAGCCCAUUUUACAACCUAUUUCGCCCACAAAACCAGCUACAUCCAUGCCAUUCGCAUCAUCCGCACAUAUUCUGUCUAUCGACACGACUGCCGCCCCGUUUUUAUCCGAGAGCCAGUCGCUAGUCCAGAAGAUUGAAGCCGACACCACGGCCGUCGCUGUCGCCGGACACAUGAACGCCCAGGUCCAGGCUCAGGUCCAGGCCCAGUUGCAGCAGCAGGUGCAGGCUCAGCAGCUCAGCAUGGGCAUGUUGGGAAUUACGACUGAGCAGAUGGCCUCGGCAAUGUUCCACACCAUGGGUCAGCUGCCUAGUGUGGCCAUGGCCAACGGCCUACCGAUGGCACCAUCUCAGUCAUCCGCAGUAGCCACUACUGCCGCGAUGAUGCAUUCUACACAGGUACAACAGCACGCGCACGGUGUGGCCGCAUCGUCGCAGCUAAUGCCCGUGUCUAACAGGCACAGCCGCUCGGCGUCUGCCAUCGACAGCAUGGUUUCAAUGUACCCAAAUGGCAGCUCCAGUAGCGGCACACCGAAAAACGGCAUGGUCGCUUUGUCAGCCAGCAAUAAUAUUGCCCAGCCAUCAGCCGCCCAGGUCAAGCAGCAUUUACAGCAACAGCAGCAGGCGGCGACAGAUGCCAGCGAGGUUGCAGGUAUUGGCCAUGGUGGCAUCUUGUCGCCCUACGACACGCCGUCUGCCAACAACAUGGGCGCAUUUGUGCAUAGUGGUCACCGGCGCCAAAUGAGUAGUAGUUUCCCUUCGGCUAUUCAGCAGCAACAGCAACAGCCGAUUAUGUUUAUUGACACGCCAAUGUCCAUGAACACAGGACCACCGACAAUGGUGCCGGGGACGCCGACGCACUUUGGACAGGUUCAGUUCCCGAUGCACCACGCCCCGAGCUCGGCUGGUUUGCACCUGCAGUCUGUGGGAGCUCACGGCCACCAACAUCACUCGCAUUUCGGACACAGCAGACAUCUAUCACUCGACGCCGCAAAUUUCAGGCUGAUGGGCUCGGAUUUUUCCUCACUCCACGCGCUGCCCAUGCACGGGACCAUUCACGAGCAUCCCGCUGAAACGAUGCAGACAAUGCAGUUUGGGGCUGCAAACUCGAUGAUGCUGUCUCAGCAGCUUCAGAUGCACCAUCAAAUGCAGCUGCAGCAGGGUCAAUCUCAGCACAAGACAAACGGCCCGCUGAUGGUUCGCACAAUGCCUGUUACCCCACAACACCAGCCGGUCAACCCGUUUUCGGCCGGAGCUCAGCCCGCUCUUUUUAGUGACCUGACGCUCCAGCAGCAGCAGCAACAUCAACAGCGGCAGCGACCGGUAGUCACACAUCAUGGUUCCUGUUCUGUCGACCUGGGGUCGUUGUCCUCAGCGUUCAACAUUGCGCAGUUCAACCAGACGAUGUCAGGACAGAUGUCGCCGGUAGGCAUCAACCCGGCAGCCAUGUCCCUGAACUCCGGCGAUAUCAGCCCGAUGCCGUUCGCCCAGUCUUCUAGCCAGAUGCUUGCGCUUACUGGGACUAUUGUCGCGCCGCCACUGGCCUCUUCUCGUGUUUCACCCGCCGUGGGCAGCGUUGCUGAUUUCGAUGACGAUGACGGAGAGGAUGAUGAAGAUGACGACGAUGUUAUUCGCUCUGGCGAUGACGCCGAAAUGGAUGGCGUUGAAUUCAAGGAGUUGGACAAAAGCAGCUCAGGCAAGGGCGCCGGCAGACCUGCCAGCGGCGCCAAGCUCAAGAAGCCCACUGCGCCAUACAAGCGUUUCCGCAAUUCAUUCAUAUUCUUUGCCAACGAGAAGCGCAGGCAGUUGAAACAGGAGCAUCCCAAAGAAUCCAAGAUCCAGAACCGCUGUUUUAUCCAGGAUAUGAGCAAGGUGUGGAACAGCAUGAGCAGCGACGAGAAGGCACCCUUUGUAAAGAUGGCCGAGGACGACAAGAUGCGCUACGAGGCUGACGUGAUUAAGUUCGGCCCUCUUGCAUCCAGCACUCCUUCCUCGGCGCCGCUUAUGACAUCGGUCACCAGCAGCAGCUCUGCCGUGUUAGGAGUUUCGGCGUUGGAAGCAACUGCAGAUGCGACUCCUACGACAAAGGGCAAAAGAAAGGCGUCCAGCGGCAGCCUGUCAUCCUUGGAGACCCCCACAAAGUCACCCAAGUUUGCCCCGGUCCCUAUUGCGCCCGCCCCAGUGAUUCUGCCUGCUGUUGUAUCGGUACCGGCUCCUGUUCCCGCCUUGGAAAUAGCAUCAGAACCAGUCUUUGCGCCAGCUUUUGCUCCGGCUCCCCAGCCAGCAGAGUCAAGCACCGCACUCAAAUCAUCUGUUCCUGCUGCUCCGACGCCGCUCAUCAUAGCUGCUUCCAAACCUGCGAUGUCUCCCGAGUUCACUACAGCAGCUUUCGCACCAGUAUCGGCCUUGAUCUCAACCCCAGCUCCGGUCUCGGUCUCGGCCUCGACUGCGCAGCCAUCUCAAUUUGUUUCACCCGCUACGAUGACAGUGCCUGAGCUCAGCAUCCCUCAACAAACACCCGUGAUCCCGGAUGCAACUCACCACAGCAUGGGUGUGCCGCUGGUGACACAUAUAGACACGUGUGACUUUACACAAAAUCUGCUGAACCAGCAGGUGUACUUAGCGUGGAUGCAGCAGGCAUUUGGCCAGGACUUUUCGCCGCAUGCAGACGAGUUUGACUCUUCCUGCUUUAUCGGAAACGAUCCAACAGCAGCCGACGAAGCCGCUUACCUCAACCCGCAGUCGCUAUCAUCGCCCUUAAGAUUCAAUCCGCACCAGCCGAUGCUAGCUCCUGAAGGAGGAGUCCUUAGCAGCGACACCGCCAGCAAGACGCUUUCAGCCUCUGCUUCUGCUGCUGCUGCUUCUACCUCGAUGUCUGCCAACGGGCCGCCAAUCACCACUCUAGUGGGCACGAAGCGCAAGAGCAGCAGUGACGGGCAGCCGAUGACCAACCUGCCAAUGUCGAUCAAGCGCUUCCGCAACUCGUUCAUUUACUUUGUCAAUGAGCGGCGCCGUGAGGUUCAGUACUCGAAGGACGGCACUCCAACGAACGUUGAGGUCAACAACCGCGACUUUUUGAAGGAGAUGUCGACCAAGUGGCGAGCGAUGAGCGAAGACGAGAAGGGGCCGUAUCUAAGGAUGGCAUGUGCGGACAAGGAGCGGUUCACCAAGGAGAUGCGCGAGUAUGAGCUCGAGCACCCUAACGAGUUCAACAAAACUGCCAAACACCGCCGCCGUCGCAGCAGCACCAGCGCGAGCAACGUCAGCACCGCCAUGAGUAUUCCCGUUGAUAUCGCCGCCAAGCCGCAGGAUUACCAGCUUCAACCUCAGCAGCAGCAAAAUCUUGCUUUGGAAACCGCAGCUCCUCUUCAAUAUUCUUUUCCCGCAACCAGCGCCCCCGUCGCUGCCUUUGCCUCGGGCGGACUGAACAUCUCGGUACUAGGCAACGCGUACCUGCCGAUCUCGCAGAGCACUGCAGAGAGUCUGGUGACAGUGAGUUCAUCAUCUGUUGCCGAUAUGCCACAAGGCCAAUUACAGUUCCAGCAGCAGCAGGGGUGGGCGCUGACAUCCACUCCGAUGUCGACAACUCACUCAACGCCCUUGCUCUCGCCCACCAUACUGACGGACAAGGCUGAUCAGCUCCUCUCUCCAAACCACCUUUCCAGCCUUCCCUUAGUCCCCGAAGAUAUUCUCAUUUCCUCCGAGCCAUUUGCAAGUAUAAGCAGCAGUGGUAGUCUGGCAGGAGCCACAGUGCCGAUGUCCAUAGGCGUAUUUGACAGCUCGAACGAAAAAAUCACAACCAUGUCAACUCUGCCCACUCUGUCCGAGGCUGCUGACGAGGACGCCGACAUGAGCUGAUUCGUCGCAGCGCUUGGCGAGAAAAAUUGCAGUUGGGCCAACCCUCUGACUCCUUGGGUUGUAAAUAGGCCUAUAUUAAAAUGCAGAACGGAAAUGGACAGAGACUGCUCUCGGCCUCCGUUCUGCGUCAGGGCUGCGCGUAGCAGCCCGUGUCUUUUAUAUUUCAAAUUAUUUGCAUACAGCCAAUGCGCGCUGGCGCUCAUUUUUUGUAUAUUUUAUCUUGCAAUUUUGUGUUUAAUCGUCUUUAAAUUUAUAUAACAAGCCAUCUAUUUAAAAAAC